CAAUCUCUGUUAGCACAAAAGCCGGGAAAGCAAACAAGUUGUUUUUCUGAAAACUUUCCGUCAGCCACAUCCUUGAACGAGAUGGCCUCUACCUCCCGGGGAUAUAGUCUCGCACGCCAGCGGCGUUCAAGCUUUGUUAACAACCCGUCCCAUGGUAAUUCCUCUUGUUAAAUUCACCGGACCAGAAGAAGAGCUUGACGUUUCCCCCCAUUGUUGAUGUAUAAUACGACUGUGACCGUAAACUGUGUCGAUGUCAAACUAAGUUUACGGCCCCGAAUCGGGUGAUUUCUAUUGGGUUGUUGCCACGGCGCUGGCCAAUCAGCUAGGACCGGGUGACCCUGACAUUCUGAAAGGGGUAGAUUAUCCAAUCAUUUUGGGGGACAUUGGAGCAUAAUAGUGUGCCAGUAGCCGGAGCGUAUGAUUACUAGCGUGCCGGGGAAAGUUGUGCGAAGUCCUGUUCAGGGAAAUUUCUCCUUGGUGAUGAUUCAACAUCAGAUUCUUAUCGAAGGGAAUUUACUCACAAGGAUGAAGUAGCAGAUGAUUCCAUUCUGCGAAAAAGAGUAUUCAGGACAUAAACCAAGCGGUCCUCGAAGCAAGAUGUGCAAGGAAAGCCACCAACGCUCUAUGACUAACUUUCCACCAAUCGCCGAGUACAGCCGGCUAACGUCGCCGAAGGUUCAGCGCCGGGGCCUCCAUGAGGAUAGGACGAGACGCGAGCCUCCUCGGCCUAUUGCAGGUGCGCUAGGAUCCCGUCCCCGCAGUAACAGCGAUCAGUCCCUGGGGGAUGUAUGGAGCAGCGGCCGGCGGUCUAUCUGCAGUAGCAACGGCCGCUCCUCACUGUCAAUGUCGUCUGGAGAUGCCUCGACCGUCUCCACGGAGAAGCUCUGGCGGAGGAGAAAACUGUCUCCACGGAGGGUCAUCAGCAGGCCUGUCACGCCGUUCCCCACGGAGGAUAUACCAAACACUCCAGCCGCUGAGGCCGACCACGAACCUCGCAUCCUCGCCCCGUCCCCACCUCACACCAAGGCAAGCAAACCGCACCAAACUGACCAACCGCGGGGCAGGACUCGCUUCAGCUUGUCGCAGAAACACCAGCCGAUAGCUGAGGAACAAAGCACGGGGAAGAUCACCUCACUAAAUCGGGUGAUGAGAAAAACUGACGACUGCUGCCUGGAACGUAAACCCCAUCCUCCCGCCCAGAAGCAACUCAAGGAGGCGGAGACGACCAAAGCAAGCGAGCGGAGACGCAGGAAGAGCAUGCCUGAGAUCUAUGGGAAACCCAAGGGCGAGGCACGCAAGGCAGACACGGCCAGCAAGAAGACGGGGGCACGGGGCCUCGGGGAGAUUAUGGACUGCGUGACGAGAGAAAGGAUUGUGAACUGGUUGAGUGAGGUAGCGUACGCCAAGGACGUCACUCAGGAAGCCUCACAGGAGGAACUCAGCUGUAUUGAUGAAGAGUGACAAUCUCCUUGGCAGCUUCUAAAUUCGAAUUUUAUAAUUUAUUCAUCUGUUAAAGUGACUGAGGUUGAACGAGUCAAGAAGGAUUAUUUAUUCAGCCGGCAAUCAAUGACUGUUAAUGAUUCUAGUGAAACAGAAAAACGUUUGGAAAUGAAACUUUUGGCGAAUGCCAGCAAACAAUCGGGCUUGCACCCGUAUAGAUUUUGCAAUUUUAAAGCUUCGCGUUUUGCAAAAGACUGCGCCAUUUCGUGACAAAAUGCACACUAUUGCUGGGACAUUCCAACACUUUCUCUGAUUUUAAACUUGGGAAUACAUGUGUUUAUGAUUUGAUUGUAGAAAAUAUAUUGUUUUGAUUAAGAAAUAUUUUCCCACCAGUGUUUUGAGUUGAGAAUGUUUUUUUGCGAACGAGUAUUUGGGUCAUUGCUGGUGACAGUGGCUUCUUGCGUGGCUUCUUGCGUAAAGCUAAAGUUGCACAUAAUACAACCAGCUAACACCCCUGCCUAAUAUUGACACUAGUUAAGUUUUGUUGAGUUUGGAAUUAUUUUUGGCUCGCUGUGAUGCAUGCUAAAGUCAUGUGAAAUUCUAGUUCAAUCUUCACUUCUCAGUGUCGUCAUCAUGCAGUUACCAUGAUCACCCUGACAUAUUUAUUCAGUCCCAACUGUAAAUAUAUAAUGUGUGAGUAUUACGACAACCCAGAGUCUUAAGAAAAACUUGCCGAUUUGAUUUUGUUUGCUUGCUAUCUGUAGUCUUGACCAAGGGCGGAUCCAGAACACAAUUUUUUG